AUGGGAUGCUUUCAGGUGGUCAUGCUCUGCCUGGCGCUGGUGGAGGCUGCUGACCCUCUGUGCAGGCAGCUGGUGGCGCUGGCAGCAGAUGGUCUCUUUCCAACAUCGCUCUCUCACCAGUGCUCGCGAACGAGCUCACACGCCCACGCCCACCUGACUGGAGGAACCUUGGCAGCCCUCAUGGGUCUGCUCUUCAGCCAUGUGCUCUUGCUGCAAGUCAUGGCAACAUGUACACUCUGUCUCCAUGUGGUGGUGGUGCUAGUGGUGAUGUACAGAAGGCACCGUUGUUCGUAUGGAACCUUAUGUUCCGUCGCAGCCACAGCCUCCUCGUGUUCCCCGUACAGCUACCAUCGAUUGGCUCCUCCUCGACAUUCACGACAAGAACGGACUUUACAUUUUCUCAAGGAUGGCCUGCGUGUGCUACCUCAGCGGGUUCUUCCCGCGAGGCCCAAGGCUUCGCCGCUCACGUCCCCGGGCUCCGAGAGCGGCGUCAGUGGACUCAGCCACGACGCCCGCGACACCGCGCCUCUGUUGGACAACCUCGAGACGUCGCCCACCUCUCCCUUGAAGGCGCCGCUCGCGCCAUCGCCCCCCACCCUGCAGAGUGAGUGUCCGGAGCUGGAGGCCGCUACACCCCGUGAACCUCCUCAAUCGGCUGACUCGGAGUCUGAGUCGGCUGCGUCAGGUUACGAAACGGAUACAGACGCGGAGGACGACAUAGACGCCGCAGUGGCCGAGUACCAGGAAAAGCUGCGUGUGGCAACGCUAGACACCGGCGCCCCCUGCACGCCGAACCCCGCCUCAGCUCGGCGGGCGUGCUUGGUGCUUGCAGCUCUGCUAUUAACGGUCAUUAUAGAAUCCCUUGUGGCAGUGUAUGGGUGGCGAGGCGGCGGUACUCACCCGUUCCUGGUGGCGACUUUGGUCAUCUGCAUGUUGGUCACUCUCCUGCUGGUGGUCCUGCUCACUCGCCUGCCUACCCUCCGUCCCAACCAAACCGUCGCCUUCCAAGUGCCGGCCGCGCCGUGGCUCCCCGCUGCGGCUCUCUUCCUCAACUUCUUCUUGCUGGUGCAGGUGCUCAGCCACUCCUGGGCGGUCCUCUUCGUGUAUUUAUUAGCAGGUAUCUCGUGGUACUUCAUCUACGGGAUGCGCCACAGCGCCCUUGCCACACAGGAAGUCGUGACCCAAAGAGUUCGCGCGAACGAGUUCAUCUGCCUGGAGCCCCUCGCGCCCCCUGCCCUGACCUCCACCCUUUUGCAGGCGUCCUCCGAGAGGCUGCCCGACCCCGCCCACCAUCAAAGCUUCACCAGGUUAACGCCAGUCGAUACAGUGCUCAUCACCAGGUGAAGAGCGCUCUGGCAAUGACAACUAUGGAGAAAGUCAGCCUUUGGUACCGAUGAGGGAUAUUUUUGAAGAGGAAGCCCUUCGCGAAAUGAGCCGUUUUUGAAAGAAAACCUUUUCUUCCACAAAUCUGUUUAGUGUCAAGUGCCAUAACUCUCUUUAAUAUGAUAAUAUUAAAACUUUAAGAAAGGAAACAGCGAUACUUAUUUCCGGAUUGGGAAUCGCUUUUGAUAAUCAAGUACCAGUUCACAGCAGUGUCUUUCCAUGUGAUAAGAAUCAAAAGAUAUUACUGAUGCAAUUAAUUUAAGGAGGUGUAGGCCUGUCCAAGCAAUAAAUAGAAUUAUCUACAAGGUGAAGGCAAUAAAAGAUGGAAUUAUGGAGGGCGAAAAAAUAUAUAUAUACUGGUAAAAAUACGUAUUUCAACUUUGUUCUGGACAUUGACGCAUGUCAUUGCUUUUUUGUUCAUGUAGGUCAAAAGUAGUCAUGCUGGCCGUCCGUUAAUGCAUUCCAUGAGGCUAAUCAGUCGGCCUCACAAAAUGAAGAUGGUAGAGUCUAAUUUGAGACUGAUAGGAGCUUCAUGAGUACGAAGACGUAGAGAGUAAGGCAAUGGAGACGUUGAAUGGAAUUAUAAACCGAUUAUUCCUC